AUGUCGCGAGCGAUGCUGCCGCUGGGCAUUGCGUCCGCGUCGCUGGACGUGCUGAAUGUCCCUCCUGCGGAUACCGGCCGUCCUGCCGUGUAUGCGGUGCCGAGCCGCGGUGCACGUGGCGCUGCGCGGCGGCUGCCGGACACCGCGGUCGCCGCGCAUGCGCUCUAUGCGAGUACGUGCAGUAUUGACGUGUUGGGCCGCGAGGCCUUUGCGCUUGCGCGCGUGCUCCAGUCCGGCACGGAGCUCGAGGUGCGUAUCGUGGGCGCGGGCACGGACGAGGCGCCACCCACGAGCUUUACGUUUGCCGCGCCGCUCCUCGGCAACAUUGGCAUCUUUCAAGACGCUCAUACGAGCCAGGUGCAUGUCCUGGCGAUGACCAGCGCGGGCGCUCUGCACCGCCUGCAGAUUCCCCUCGCGACGCUCCUGCGUGGAGCGCGCCUCCCGUCGCACUGGGCGCAGGAGCAUAUCGUCGACGCCCUCGCACAGGAAGGCGCCGAAGCGACGAGCGUCCACACCGUCGACGCAGGCCUCGUGCUCGUCGCAUGCGCGGAUGGCAUGCUCCUCCAGCUCAAACAGAGCAUCGCAGGUGACGGCCACGGAUUCGUAGGCGCGUGGCACGAGUCGUCGCUGCGCCCGGCGUCGUUCCUCUACGGCGUCUCGCGCCUGUUUCAGCGCGGCGUCUCGGCGUCGCCCGGACGCCACGCCGUGCGUGCGGCGCCGACACAGACGCUCGCGCUCGCGAGCCAUGUGCGCGAAAACGACGCGGCGCUCGCGUUCUGCGUGUGCCGCGACCGGAAGCUGCGUGUGUGGAACUUGGUGUCCGAGUCGUGCGUCCGCACGCUCGACCUCCCUGUCUCGUUCAGCGCCGCGGCCAGCGCGCGCGUCGACGACGACAGCGACAGCGACGCGUUUGAGCGCACGAGCGUUCCGAUGAUCCAGCUCUUUUACCCCGGCGAGGACGAUGCAUACGCCUUGUACCUGCUCGUCUUUGUCCCGGCGCCCCUGCCGGGCGGCGCGUUUGUCGCUGCCUACGGCGUGGAGCUCGAAGAGUCGAGCGCCUGGUCGGGCGGUGUCGGCGAGAUUGCGCUCGUGUGGGGCAAGUCGUGCGACGCCCGGACGCAGGCCGCAGAUGUCGAGCUGCGCGAUAUGGCGCUCACGCGCGACGGCGAUGCGUGGCGCGCGUGGCUCCUGUGGCACGCGGGCGGUGCGCCGCUCCUGCAGCACACGCUCGCCCUCGGCGCCGAGCCGAGCGAGUCGCAGGCCGUCGCGCGCCGCGCGCCGAAUCCCGACGAGGCCUGGGCGUCGAUCCUGCCUUUUGCACAGCACGCCCCCCUGCGUGGCCCCGACUUUGACGCGGCGCUCGCGGGCGUGCAUACCUGCGAAGAGGUCGCGCAGUUCUUUUUGCGGCGCCUGCUCACGCCCGGCCGCUUUAGCAGCACGACGCUCGCGGCGGCGCUCCGUGCGUUUAGCGGGCUCCCAGAUACCGAGGCCAAAGAGCUUGCGCGGCCCCAGCACCGCCCCCGGCUUGUCGAGGCGAUCGGCGCGUCGGUCGGCGUCGAGAGCCCCCAAGGCGACCUGCGGCAGUGGGCCGAGGCCGUGCGCGGCGCCUGGCUGCGGUUUGCACGCCUCGUCGAGCAGAUCGACCGCAGCGCACGCUGGCCGCUGGGGCUGUACGUGCACGACCUCGAGCGCACGCCGUUCCUCGUGUCGCGCUUUGCCAUCGGUGCCGUCCUCGAAAAAGACGCCGCGACGUGGCUUGGCGACCUCGCGCAGAAGCUCGCGAGCGCCGCACAGUACGCGGAGCGCGCCGUGUCGCGCGCACAAGGCGAGGCCGCCAGCGCCGAGUUUGCGGCCGUCGUCAACUCCCUCGGCGGCGUCCAAGGCGCCUACGAGACGAUCCGCGAGCGCGGCGUCGCGCUCCUGCAGACGGCGACGUGCGCCGCGGAGCUCACGCGCGGCCUCGGCGUGCAGCGCGAUGUGUGGCUCGCGCCGGCGCUGCGUGCGGCGGUCGGCGCGCCGCUCGGCCUCUGGGCCGAGGUCGAAAGGCGCGUGCCGCACGCGCUCGAGCCGGUGCGUAGCCAUCUCGAGCAGCUCGGCGCUGACGGGCUUGCCGAGCACCUCGUGACCACAACCGAGUUGCUGAGCACGCCGCUUGCCACGGCGCACGGCGGCGCGUACUACACGGCGAUCGGCGCGGACGCGCUCGGCGAAGUCGUGCUGGUGCGCGAGCGUGCGCUCGAGUCGCUCGUGCUGCUCCACGCUGCGAUGCUGCACCGCAGCCGCCACGCGGCGCUCGAGGCGUCGAUGCGCACCGCGCUGCGUGCAUGGCAGCACGCCGCGGCGCUCGCGGCGCUCGCGCGUCUCGGCGCCGCGCCCGAGACGGUGCAGGACGAGGCGCUGGUCCCGCUGGGCGGCCUUCGCCUCGACCAGCACCGCUACAGCGGCCGCCCCGCGACGCACCUGCUCCACCACCUCGCGCAGACGGGCGCGCUGGUGUGUGGCGUAUCGGUCGGCGAGCAUGCCGCGCUGUGCUUUUCGCUCGGCGAGGCGCUGCCUCGCGACGGCGAGUAUGCGCCGCUCGCGCUGCUUACCCUCGCGCGGCACCUCCUCCAGCAAGGCUUCCCCUCGGCGGUGCCGGCGAUGCUCGGCGUGUACGCCGAAGAUGCCCCCAUGUCCUACCUGCUCGCCCUUGCCGAGACGCAGACGGCACAGUGUGCCGCUGGCCUGCGCCGCCUCGCUCGCAUCGCGAGCGUUUUGAGCAGUGCGCUGCCCGAAAAGACGCGCCUCCUCGCGGUGCUCCCGACGAGCAUUGCCGAGAGCACCGGCGAGGCGCAGGCGAUUGCCUUUUACACGCACGCUGCGGCGUACUGGGAGUCGGCGAGCGACAUGGCCGGCGCGCUGCACUGCUACCGCCAUGCGUGCGAGGCACUGCGCGCCUCGCCUGCCGCCGCGUCCGAGGCCGACGCACGCCGUCUCUGGUCGCACGUCUUCCGUGGCGAGCUUGCGCUCGGACAGUACGAGGCGGCGACCGCGACGCUGCUCGCCACGCCGUUCGACGACCUGCGCGAAGUGUGUCUGCAGAGCCUCGUCACGGCGCUGUGCGAGGCCGGCGCCUUUUCGCUGCUGCUGCGCCUGCACUUUCUCGAGUGGCAGCCCCGCGUGGAGCGCGUACUGAGCUUCAAAGCGCGCAACGCGGAGCCGCUCAGCAAGCCAAACUACUUCCAGGUGCUCUACGCAUACCACGCCUCGCGCGGCGACCACAAAAGCGCCGCCGCGUCCAUGUACCAGCACGCGCGGCGCCUGCACCACGCGGCGCUGGCCCUGUCGGCGGCCGACGUGCACGCCGCACGCUCCGUGCUUGUCCUCGAGGCACAGAGCUACCUCGCGGCGAUCAACGCGCUCGCGCUCCUGGCGCCGACCCACGCCUGGUUCGCCCAUGCGCUCCGCGACGAGGCGCCGGCGUCCGGCGUGGGCGGCGCGCUCCAAGGCGGCAUCACGCAGUAUAUUCCGUCGGAGCGCCUCGACGCGCACGCGCAGCCGCUCACGAUCGUGCAGCUGGCCGACGUGCGCCGCGAGUACAACGAGCUCCUGGCGCGCCUCGAGCUGAUGCGCCUCUAUCCCGAGCUCGCCAACCCCACGGCGGCGCUCCGGCCGGAGGACGCGGUGAACUUGUUCCUUGCGGCCGACGACGUCGAUGCAUCGUUCAGCGCCGCGCACCAGCUCCGCGUGGAUAUGCGCAACGUGUUUGAUGCGCUUGCGCAAAAGUGCGUCGCGCUGCAGCGCGCCGACGCCGCGCGCCGCGGCCGCCUCGACCUCGACGCGGACACGCCGGAUGCGGCGCUCGCGCAGCUCGUCGCCGACGACGAGGAGGCUGCGGACCCCGAAGCGGCCUUUUUGCGCCACUCGCCGCGUGCCGCGAGCUGGCCGGGCCCGGCGCACGAGCGUGCGUGGCGCUUCCUCCGGCUGCACCUCGGCCUUGCCGAUGCGCGGGGGUCGAACACGUACCGCACCGCGAUCGCCGAGCGGCUCGUCGCCCUCGGCGCAUGGGACCUUGCGCCGACGUGGCUCGUCGACUGGUUUACGCGCCACGGCCCCGACCUGCUCGUGCGGACGCUGAUGCGCCACGGCGCCCUCGUGCCUGCGCUCGAGUACAGCGCCAAGAUUGUGGAGCAGAGCGUGAGCGCGGCACGCACGAACGAUGCGAUGGCGCACGCGUGCCUGCCCUACUCGCUCUUUGAUGCGCUCCUCGCCGCCGGCGCCGACGGCCCGGCCGCCGCGGCGCUCCGCCAGGCGCUCGACCAGCGCCUCCACACUCUCCGUACCGCUGCGGCGUCAUAG